GAGCCAACAUACAGAAUGGAAGAUGAUACAAAUAUUGCUACCACAAGUAGUAGCAGAGGACAAGGAAGAGGAUGUGGCAGAGGCAAACGAGGUGCACGUGGUGGCCAUAAAACAAAUUAUGGGCGUUCAAAGCUACAAAAUAGAUUUCUGUCAUCAAACAAAUGGACACAACAGGAGAAGAUUCGUUUGUUGGAAGGGUUGAAACGGUAAUCUGCCCAAAUAACUGGUAACAUUUGUAAAUUUGGCUGGGAGAGGGUUGUUGAUCUCAUCUUGACUUAAAAGUUAUUUUUUCAUCAACUAUCAUCAAUUUUUUAUGAGUAUAAAUUUUAUAAAAUAACCAAAUGUUUUUUAGCAAAAAAAUAAUCAUAGGUUUUAGACGUCGGAUGAUUGAUUUUGUUGUGCAAGCAAAAAUUUUUUGGUUUGUUUGAUUGUGGUGCACUAGAUUCCAAGUUAGUUGUUAACUUCAUGUGUAGCUUAUAUUUGUAUGUUAUACUUUAUUUACUUUCUAUGUCACUCUGUGUAUCCCUUACAUAAAAUAAAAAGAGACUAUGAACUCCUUUAGGAAUACUUUUAUGAGCUUUUGCUUUAUUAUUUGUUAAAUAAAUUUGAUAUAUUUACUGCUUUACAAUAAACUUAAAUAUCAUUUUUGUAGAUAUGGGGAAGAUAGUGAUGUCCUUGCUCAAAUUGUUGAAACAAGAAGUAUUGAAGAGGUAAGUCUUAACCAGCAGAAUUUAAUCUGGUAGCCAAUGUCAUGUCCAAUCAUUUUUAUGCCAGAGGCUGGGCCGGCUGAAAAUUUCACAGAGAGCUGUAAAAUAGCUUCAAGCGAGUAAACAUAAUCUGGAAAACCAACUUUUACUAUAGGAAUUAUGUAUUUUUUACUUAACCAAAAAAAAAAAGUUUUUCAGUUCUACACUCAAUCAUAUUCAUUUAAAUAAUAUAACGUGUACAAUGCUAUGAUAAUUAAUAAUAUAAGAUUUACAAUGCUAUGUACAAUUAACUUAUCAUCUUCCCACUAUACUGACAUCUAACUUAAAGAGGGUUUUUUUUGCCAUCACUUUAGAGAUAUUAAACUUUUUCAUCUGCAUUGCCUGAAGUGAGAUUUUAUUGGAACUUUUUGUGCUUAAUACCUUUAUUAACCUAAAAUAUGUAGAAAUAAGAUAAAAUAAGGGUAAUUGAUUAUUAUGUAACUGUGUUGUAUUUUACAAGGUCUUUUAAGAUAAUGAAUGAACUAAAAUAAUUAAAUUUGUUGUAUUUUUUUCAGAUUGAGAAAAAAAUCCGCUCAAUAACGGCAGCCGGAAUGAUAAAAGGCACGGAUGAGAGGCUAGAAGGUAAGUUUACAUAAAAACUUCACUUAUAACUGGGGACUUAUAUCCUAAAACUUAUGAAAAUUCCCCCUUUAUGCAGUGGAACCCCGCUAUAACAUUGUCAUGGCAUGGCUCCAGAAAUUUGUUAUAUUCAAUCGCACAUUAAAUUUUUUGGAUCAAAAAAAAAAAAAAAAAAAGAGUAUGAAAAAUAUAUUGACAAAUUCAUCAUAGACUAGUACAACUUUACUACAUAGUUCAAUUAACACAAGAUAUUGAAAAACAUUUUUUUUUUUUUUUUUAAAUCACAUAUUUUCCUAAUUUAAAAAAUAAAAAUUAAAAAUUGCAACACUUAUUACUCUGAAUAUUGUAAAAUGCCGCCAUAUCACGUUUUGCUAUUCACACUAUCCAAUUUUAUGGACCCCAUUUAUCAUGUUAUAGAAGGGGUCGACUGUAUUUAGAAACACAAACUUGAAUGUUUAAAUAUUGUUUUGUUCAGACAUUCUAUUAUCUGGGCUCAUACCCAUGUUAUGUGGCCAAGCAAUGGACAAUGUACAUCUGGCUGGCAAAAGGAACAGCAGGACUGUAGUUUUAGUUAGAUGAAAGGCAAGAGCAUUGCAGAAACCUUGACUCAAGCGUUACUGUUAAUUUUUGAACAAUACCUAAUACCUACAAAAAAUGUAGGUAUUCUUCAACUUUUAGCAUUUUUUAUUAACAUAACUAGACCUAUAACAAUUCGUCCAGAUAUUUUGCUCUCAUUAAAAUACUAAAACUCACAACUCAGUAGCAAAACAAGUUCACCCUAGACACAGUGAUUCUCAUAAUUUUUACUCACAUGAAACUUGAUUUACUUUUUAAGUACCAUAAAACCUAUUUGAAAGAAAAAAUUUAACUAUUCUUAAUUGUAAGUUUAAUUCACUAAGAUACAUUUUAACAUGACUACAUUUUAAAAAUUUUAUUAAAGUACAGAUAGGUUAAAACCUCUGCUGUACAGAAAAGAGCUAGACUUUAUAAAUAUUUUUCAAUAGUUUUGGGAAUCAUAUUUGUAUAAAAUGUAUAAAGAGGUUUAAUUUUUCAUGUCUAAUUUGCAACAACAAAAAAAAAAAAGAUAUAUAACCCUUUAAAACAAUAUUUGAAGUGUGUCCAUAAAAAAAAAGGUAGAUACAUUUUUUCUUCAAAAGUUGUGAGCUAAAUUUAAUUUUUGUUUCCCACUCUAAUUGGUCAACUUUAUGUAUCACCUAUACAGGAUCAGGUGUUGUUACUAAAGCUCCAUUAGAGGUAGGUUUUUACUGGAUUAAAUUUGGCCUGCAUCAAAAUUUGGGUAGAUAUUCAUUUACUGUUGCUAGUAUUGGAGAUGUAUAUCAGGAUGGACUAUGAGGCUUGCUUUUUAUUUUAAAGGGUUGUAAUACAAAUUUUGUACUACUAUACAUCAGUGAUCAUGGGAUGUUAUAAUGUUAAGUUAAUUCACUAUAACUGAAGCCAUACCUAUUCAUAAUUUAGGGUUCAACCAUUUCCAGAAAAUGUCAAAUAUUCUUUUUGAUUUCCCUUCAGGCAUGGCUUGAUCUCAUGCAAGACCUAAAAUUCUAUGAACCUCAAGAUUAUUCAGUUAUGAUCCCAGAGGUAAGACUGAUAUACCGCGUGUUUAAUUAAAUGUGUAAGAAUUAAUGUAUGGUUAAUCAGAAUUUAAAUUAAAUGAAAGUUUUGUUUAAGUUUGUUUUAUAGCAAUAAAUUAAAGUCCACAAUCUUCUGAUGACUUUCAUUAUCCAUUUGAUGAGUUUUUCAAAUGACUUGAAUUUUAAGUUAUUCCUUUCUCAACCAGAUGCUUGGUCUUAUCACCAGAAAUGAACAUUUUAAAGACAGCAAUAUCCCCAAUCUAGACUGGAGGAAAAUUUACCAGUUUCUCACAGAUGUAACUGACGAUAAAUGUACAGUAACGUCUUUGACUGAUAUAGGUCUGUAACAACAAUAAUUGCCUUUUAACUUCAUGCACAAGAACUUGUUGAUUUUUUAAAAAUAUUUUUGCUGAGCCAGGGACUUGAUUUCCCUUUACAAGUUAAUAAGUUUUUUUUGGUAAACGGUAAAUACAUUUUGAAUCAGUAUAAAUUCCAAAAAUGACCACAUUUCAAGUUCAUAUUAGUAUCAUUGACUGUUAGGUAAGUCUUUACAUUCCAAUAUGUGGACCAUUAGCAACUCUUACACAAACUUUGACUAACAUUUGGCACCAAAGUAAGGGUGUUCAGGUUAUUUUUUUGGCAAACCGAUUACGGUCGAGUAUAAUUUUUAGCCUUCAUAGAAAUACAUUAUUUCCUUCUGAUAAGUAUACAAUGUGCUCAAGACACUUCUAAAUUUCACCACCCAUCUCACUGCUGGUAGAUUUCUUGUUAAUAUUAAACAAAAUAUUCUGUGAUCAUUAUACUAUACAAAUUGAAAAAUUUGUUUAAAAUCAUCUUCAGUUUAUUUUUACCGGUAUAUUAAGUUAAAUCAUUUUAUAUUGUUAGCCACAUUACAUUUUGUUAUAAUUGCUCUGGCAGUAAUGAUCUUUUUUGUGUGUUCCAACCAGAAUCUUUUGUUGUUCUUGACCUUAUGCACAGUCUUGGUGACAAACUUCAUGCGUCUGACACAACAGA